CUUUUAAGUAUUCAGCCCGGAUACACGAUGGAUAGCAUUCCGGAGCAAAUAAUAAACGCGUUAGGAGUCAGCAGCUUAUAAAGGUCAACAUUAACAACCUAAUCUCUUUCUUCAAGCGUGUAAUUUUGGCAGCCACUUCCCCCAAAAAUUCAAUGUUGAAAUAAGAUCAAAUUCCCAAAUCCCCCUACCAAAUCCACCUCGAAAUCGAGAAAUCCAUCCUACUAGAAGUCUGUAAUUUGAUGAUCGGCGACGAUGUAUAGCAAUUUCAAAGAGCAAGCAAUCGAGUACGUACGGCAGGCGGUGUCGGAGGACAAUGCCGGCAACUAUGCCAGGGCCUUUCCUCUGUACAUGAACGCAUUGGAGUACUUCAGGACCCACCUUAAGUACGAGAAGAACCCUAAGAUCAAGGAGGCCAUCACCCAAAAGUUCCAGGAGUAUCUGCGCCGGGCCGAGGAGAUCCGGGCUGUGCUCGACGACGGCGGCUCGGGGCCCGCUCCCAACGGCGACGCAGCCGUCGCGGCCCGUCCUAAGACGAAGCCAAAGGACGGCAACGAUGGUGAGGACGGAGACAAGGAGAAGCUACGGGCCGGGCUUAACUCGGCUAUCAUCAGGGAGAAGCCCAAUAUCAAGUGGAAUGACGUGGCGGGGCUCGAGAGCGCUAAGCAGGCGCUGCAGGAGGCUGUCAUACUUCCCGUGAAGUUCCCGCAAUUCUUCACUGGCAAGAGGCGCCCUUGGAGGGCUUUUCUUUUGUAUGGACCACCUGGUACUGGGAAAUCUUACUUAGCUAAGGCUGUUGCAACCGAAGCUGACUCAACAUUUUUCAGUAUAUCUUCAUCGGACCUGGUAUCAAAAUGGAUGGGUGAAAGUGAAAAGCUGGUGUCGAAUCUCUUCCAAAUGGCACGUGAAAGCUCUCCUUCCAUCAUAUUUGUUGAUGAAAUAGAUUCUCUAGUUGGACAGCGUGGAGAAGGAAACGAGAGUGAGGCUUCUAGACGAAUUAAAACAGAACUGCUGGUGCAGAUGCAGGGUGUGGGCCACAAUGAUGAUAAAGUCCUUGUUCUUGCUGCUACAAAUACUCCUUACGCUUUGGACCAGGCUAUUAGACGGCGUUUUGACAAGCGCAUAUACAUCCCUCUACCUGAUGCAAAAGCACGUCAGCACAUGUUCAAAGUGCAUUUAGGGGAUACUCCCCAUAACUUGACAGAAAGCGACUUUGAAGUCCUUGCUCAUAAAACUGAUGGCUUUUCUGGUUCCGAUAUUUCUGUUUGCGUAAAAGAUGUAUUAUUUGAGCCUGUGCGCAAAACCCAAGAUGCCAUGUUCUUUGUGAAGACUUCUAAUGGCAUGUGGAUGCCAUGUGGGCCCAAGCAGCCGGGAGCUGUCCAGAUAACAAUGCAGGAGCUAGCUGCACAAGGACUGGCUGCAGAGAUUAUUCCACCUCCCAUAUCAAAAACGGACUUCGACAAGGUGCUUGCAAGACAAAGGCCAACAGUGAGCAAAUCGGAUCUCGAUGUGCAUGAGAGGUUCACAAAGGAGUUUGGUGAGGAAGGUUGAAAAGAAAUCCGGAUAAUUGUCUUCUGUAUAUUAUUAUUAUUUUUUUCAAUCUAACUAAUUCAAACAUCUUCAUGUUUGUCAUGCUUUCUUAUACCUUUAAAGGUAAAGAAUUAAAUCGCCUAUCGACUAUCAUUUAUAUUUUGAGUUUGAUACAUUAUUAGAUUAAAAAGUAUGGCCAGAAUGAUUUAACCUAUAAAACACCAUUCUAAG